GUGGUGUAACAGAACUCGAUCUACUAAAUUUUUAUUGCAGGUUCUAUUAGAAAUCUUGGAUAGUGCUUUUGAAAACGACAAUGACAGCAGCCUUCACGAAUGUCUGCAAUCUAAGGAGUCAAUACCUUUGAUAGAGCCAUUUGUUAGCUUUGCGUUGAAAAGACCUUAUAUAUCUACAAAACAAGAAUUUCAUCUGCAAAACCUAGAUUAUAUUCUUGACUUCGUUAAUAUGAGUAAUGUUUCGGAUAAAAAAUAUUAUGUACAAAACACUAGAAUCCAGGAGAUAGAACCCAUGGACAAUGCAGAUGCAGACUUGGUGCUGUCAAUCAUGGUAUUACGUAUAAACAUAUCAACAGAAGUGAAAUUCAUAGGAAUGAAUAGAUCAAAUUUCUCGAUCGAUAGUAACAAAGCCUACAUUAUAAGUCCUGUAAUGUCUUUGACAGCAUUUUCUGGAAACAAGGAGAUAUCACUUAGUCAUACAUUUCAAAUUCAACAUUAUACUUUAAUACCUCAGAUCAACAUUUCUGAAGAUGCAAACAAUACUUUGUGUGCCUAUUAUGAUAAAAAAGAAAGUAUAUGGUCAGAUUAUGGUUGUUUGAAACUGAGAGGAAACAGUCAUCGAACGAUGUGUAAAUGUAACCAUACAACAAACUUUGCUAUCUUAAUGCAAGUUCGUGAACUAAAGCUAGAUAAUGUCCAUGUUUUGGUAUUGGACAUUAUAACAUACAUAGGAUGUAGUAUAUCAUUGCUUACCCAGCUGAUAACACUAACAGUAUUUACCUGUGUUGGAUCAUUAAACUCAGAGCGUGUGUUUGUUCACAGAAAUCUUUGUAUAUCCAUAAUUUGUGCUCAGUUAGGAUUUCUAUCUGGCAUCAAGGCAAUAGAAUACAAGACAGUAUGUGCUAUAGUAGCCGCAAUCCUGCACUAUUUCUACACAGCUGUGUUUGUAUGGAUGCUGGUGGAAGGUUUACUCCUGUACAGUAAAGUUGUUCAAGUGUUUGGCACAGAAAAGUCACGUGUGACUUACUAUUGUAUAUUUGGUUGGGGAGUGCCAAUAGUUAUAGUUGCUGUGUCUGCCUCUGCUGAUUGGAACGGAUAUGGGACGUCUACCAGCUGCUGGUUAUCAACAAAAACGGGAGCAAUAUGGGCCUUUGUUGGACCAGCCAUCGCCAUUAUUUUGGUUAAUAUUGUUAUUUUAUGGAUGGUUAUCAAGAUUGUCAUAUCAUCAGCAAAACAUGACCAGAAAACAGAAUACAGUCAAAUAAGGGCUGGAGUGAAGGGAGCUUUGAUUCUGAUUCCACUACUAGGACUGACGUGGAUGUUUGGUCUCAUGGCCGUCAAUGAAGACUUUGUCAUAUUUCAGUACCUGUUUGCUAUCUGUAAUUCACUACAGGGCUUUUUCAUAUUCCUUUUCCAUUGUGUCUUCAAUUCAGAGGUUAGACAAGCACUGAAAAGACUUCAGGAACGUCAGCGAUUAAUGAGAGAUUUUUCCUCAUUUUCUUCAGCAUCUUCUAGGAACAGUUCAUCAAAGGAUAAGGAUUUGAAGCAGCGAAUUAUUCGUCGGGAAAGUAAAAAUUCUAGCGGCACAACUUUAACGAGUUUAGGAAGUAGAAAUAGUAUAGCAAGUAGAAGUUCAAAGUUGACAGAUGACAUAGUGGUUGAAGAUAUAAAUGGAGAAGAAUUAGAACUGAGUUAUAUAUAACACAGGCGUGUUACCGACCUACGACAACAUCAUAAAUUGAUGGAACAUGAUCACAAGACUCUUUAAAUCUAUCUAGAUAAAGUAGAAGUCUCUUAGUUUUGGUCAAAUAAAUUAAUUUUAUUUUGCAUUUUCUAUUCCCUUUUCAUCAAACAUUAUACUUGAUACAUCUAUUUAAUAUGGAUAUUUGCAUCCCCGUGGUUAUAAUAUCAUAUAAAAUUGUACUGUUUGUUGAUUUUGUUUCGAUUGAUGUAUGUUAAAUCAUGCUUUCAUUGAAAUAUAACUGCCUGGAUACGAAAUAUAAUUGUAAAUACAUGUUGAUAGAUACCAUAGCUAAUUUUGAAGAGUUUUGUACUCUGUUCAAACCACUUCCGCUGCCAUUUACAGCCUUGUGUGUACGAUUUUCUGUGCAAAUAAUGAUACUACAUCGUUGUGGAGAGAGUGAACUGGUUGAUACUUCCUACAUAUUCCAUGUAAUACUAGACACGCACUUACAAAAAGGAAUGAUUCUAAAUGAAAUAGUUGACCAUAUGUUGUAAAAUUAUUUUAAUAAUGCAAAGGAUAAAUUGAAUAUGCCAUUGAAUAUGACCAACAAAGGAUUUUCAGUUGUGCUUUAUAUCACAUUGGCAAACUGAUCUAGUAGUUACAGCAAUUCCAAUUCGAUAGUCAGUGUUAAUCAGAAACGAUAUACUAAAUAUUUAAAUGGAUACUUCUUAAAUAAAAAGCGUAAUUUAAAAAUGAUGACGAAUAGAGAAACCGUAUAUCGGUCUAUUUAUCAAACAUUUUAAGGUGUAACGUCUCGAUUUCACAAAAUACUUAAUAUUUCAUAUACUUUAACAGCUGGCAUCUACACCAAUCUUGUUUGAGCAGUUAUCCAAUGUCAUGGAUCCUGCAAUUAAUUUGAAAUUUGAAAUCAAAUUCAUGAUAACUUAGACAUUUUGAUAAAUUAAUAUUCAUGAAUUCUUUGCUCCACUGGUAUUUUGUGUAACAUUAUAUCUUAUUUAAUAUAAAAGUGUGACGUUGAGCGUCACGUUUCCGAAAGCAGUAUAGCAGCAUUCAUUUAACUAAAAGGGAAGAAAAGUAAAUGUUGGGAUUCUUUCAAUGCAGCAGUAAAAAAAAACCCAACAUAGCCACCCCAUAUAUGGGAGCAGCUUCGAUUAGAUAAAAAAUUUAGCAGAAGCGUACUUGCGCUCACUAAAAGGGCCGUACCAGUAUGAUUUAGAUAUACAAAAUAAAUAAUAAUACUUAAGUCUUGGAGAGAACAUGUUUUUCUUAAUAAGUUGUAUAAAUUGGCUUUGAACUAGCCGUCAGUAACUGUGUCUAUUGUUGUUAUGUUACUUUAUUUUUUGAGUUUAGUACAGAUCUAUUAAGUAAA